AUGGCAGUUACUAAAGAGUUUUUGGCCUUUUGGCAAGGCUCCAAGCCAGCGGUUCAAAUAACCAGCAGCUGCCCGCCGCCGCCGCCAGCUGCUCUAUCCGCGCUUUUGCCAGUAGCUUCUGGACGAGUUUUCGCGGCUCUGAGUCUUUCAUCCCAUGCGGAAGUAAAAUUCCACUUUCUUCUAUCUGAAGCAGCAGAAUCGUCUUCAAAUAACAAUCUCGAUGCGAAUGGACAAGAUAAGGCUAGACUACCCUCCAUAAUGAAACGACAAGAUCUUCAAGAGAAACGUCAUCUUCUUCGCCCUGAUGAGGACGUUUACGAGGAGAGUUUCGUGCUUGAUUCGCUCUCUCCUAUGAAACCCGAACGACGACCAUCUCACAACCAAGUCGAAGAUGAUUUUGGCGAUCACGAGCACAAAAAACGAAGAAGACGAGGCAGACGCCGGUCUGGAAGUUUUACUGGAGGUGUUUGGCCAAGAAAAGGUGGACGAUUACUGUUUGGUUACGCUAUACCACCACCAAAUGUACAUUCCACCGAUUGGAGGGAUAUGUUGUCGAUCACAGAAUCUCGGGAUACCGCUCGAGAAAACGGAAGUACGUUGAAUCUGCGGAAACUCAGCGAGCCGCACGCGGAGACCGAACCUCCUCUACCGCCGUUGUUCAGUCAGAUGCGAUUUUCCGAAUCGGAUUUGUCGCUGAAUCGUACUCACUGGAUCACCGCUACCUUCACACGAAGAGAGUGUGCAAAGUUUGUACCCACCAACAAGUAUCCGGAAAAAUGUGGAUGUGGUCGUCUCCAAUCUGCGCACAUCGAUAUUCCAUCGCUAACCAGCUCAUUUCUCAAUCAACAUUUGAACGAUGCUCUUAGCAGGAGGAAGGACGCUGGCAGUGAUCAAAAUGGGGCCGAUGAGCAUUCGGAAGCACCGAGGCGACGAGGCCGCCGAUCUGGCAAACUUGGAGAGCGAUGGAGCCUGAAAAAGCAUACAAUCUGCUUACCAACCAAUGCCUUCGGAACGAUCGAAUUCCAAGGUGGUCCUCAUCCACACAAGGCGCAAUACGUUCGAUUAGGAUUCGAUACAGAUCCAGCCCUCAUCAUGUCGAUGUUUGAGGAGGUCUGGCAAAUUGCUCCACCAAAGCUAAUCAUCACUGUACAUGGAGGAACAAAUAAUUUCGACCUCCAACCAAAAUUGGCGCGAGUGUUUCGCAAAGGUCUGUUGAAGGCAGCAAUGACAACUGGUGCUUGGAUUAUCACCAGCGGAGUGGACACCGGUGUUGUGCGACAUGUGGCUGCAGCUUUUGAAGGUGCAAGCUCCAGUUCUCGCAACAAAGUGGUGUGUAUAGGUAUCUCGCCUUGGGGCUUGUUGAAAAAGCGAGAUGAACUGAUCGGAGAGGAUAUUUGUGUUCCAUACUACCCAUUCUCUAGCAAAACUCGUUUCACUGCCUUGAAUAAUCGACAUUCAUACUUUCUUCUCGUAGACAAUGGCAGUGUUGGAAGGUAUGGAGCCGAAGUUAUUCUUCGGAAGCGUCUUGAGACCUAUAUCGCCCAAAAGCAGAAAAUUUCUGGAGGCUCACGGAGUGUACCUGUGGUCUGUGUAAUACUAGAAGGAGGUAGCUGCACUAUCAGAUCAGUGCUGGAUUACGUUACAAAUGUACCACGAGUGCCUGUUGUUGUUUGUGACGGAAGUGGACGAGCGGCAGAUCUGCUUGCGUUCGCACAUCAAACUGUCAGAGAAGAUGGUUCCUUGCCAGAUGGUGUACGACCACAGCUAGCUGAGCUAGUUCGACGAGUUUUCGACUGUGGAGGGGCAAAUGCUGAUAAGCUUGUCACUGAACUUAUAAUGUGUACACAACAGAAGCAUUUGAUGACAGUAUUCCGGCUAGGCGAGAAAGGAGGCCAAGACGUGGACCACGCCAUCCUCAGUGCUCUUCUGAAGGGACAGAACCUAUCUCCUGCAGAUCAGCUAGCGCUUGCUCUAGCCUGGAGUCGUGUUGACAUUGCUAGAUCUGAUAUCUUCACCUCGAACCAGGACUGGCCACAAUCAGCACUUCAUAGCGCAAUGAUGGAGGCGCUGAUCAAUGAUCGAGUGGAGUUUGUGCGAUUAUUGCUUGAAAAUGGUGUCAAUAUGCAACGUUUUUUGACUAUUGGACGGUUGGAAGAGCUUUACAAUACGGAUCAAGGACCACCAAAUACACUCUACUAUAUAGUUAGAGAUGUGGUGAAAGUGCGACCAGGCUAUCGAUACAAGUUGCCGCAUAUUGGUUUGGUCAUGGAAAAGCUGAUGGGUAAUGCGUACAAAUCCUCGUAUACCACUGCAGAAUUUCGAUCGAAAUACAGUGCUUUUAUGAAGAAGUACAAGGCUAAAUCCUUUGCGGCAGCGAAAGGAAGUUCUGUGCCGGUCAUUAGUAGUGGCGGACGUUCUCGCGGAGGUUCCGCAGCGCUGUCGCGGCAGUCGACGGAGCCUAGCGGAUUUCUCAGCGGAUACACAGCUCCUCCGCCGGCGGAACCCAUAGCGGAAGGAGUGGCGGCAGCGGCAGCCAGCGGAAGUCGGGCUCUAUCGAAUCACAUUCUAUGGAGAACGGCUUUCAGGAGAGAUAAUCCCAUGAUUAUGAGAACGACGAUUGGUGAUUCACGCGAGUGUUGUAGUGAAUUUGAUGAUGGAGAACUUUCCAACACGGGAGGAUCAGACAGCGGUCUAAAAGAGUACGAGUUUCGCUAUCCGUUCAGUGAGCUUUUGAUAUGGGCCGUGCUGACCAAAAGGCAAGAAAUGGCCAUGUGCUUAUGGCACCAUGGCGAAGAGGCUCUAGCAAAGGCUCUCGUCGCUUGUCGCCUAUACAAGAGCUUAUCGACAGAAGCAGCCGAAGACUAUCUUGAAGUAGAAAUCUGUGAUGAGUUGAGGAAGUACGCUGAAGAGUUCCGAGUACUGUCUUUGGAAUUGCUGGAACAUUGCUACCAUCAGGAUGAUGCACAGACUCUACAGUUGUUGACAUAUGAAUUGUCGAAUUGGGGCUGCCAAACCUGCCUUUCUCUUGCCGUGAUGGUCAAUAACAAGCAGUUUCUGGCGCAUCCGUGCUGUCAAAUCUUGCUAGCCGACUUAUGGCACGGAGGGUUGCGUAUCAGGAGUCACUCAAAUCUCAAAGUGCUUUGUGGCUUAUUGUUUCCCAUCUCAAUCUUCAUGCUGGAGUUCAAGACCAGAGAGGAGCUUCUGAAUCAGCCACAGACGGCUGCUGAGCAUGAGCAGGAUCUGAAUGAGAGCAGCAGUUCGUCAAGCUCCAGCUCCAGUUCAUCCGAAGAUUCGAGCUCCAGCUGUUUUGAUGAUGAAGAGGAGGAAGAAAAGGAUAUGGAUAACAAUCAGAAACGAAGCCGGCGUGUUUCCCAUGGAAGUGUGCAGUCACUUAAUAUCACAUCUCUAUUCCAUAGUCGGAGACGGAAGAAGAUGACAAAAGAUGACCGCGAAACGGAUGUAAGUGAAACUGGAAAGCCGGAUCGUCCUGAAUAUGGAUCAUCAGUGAAUGCUGCCUCCUCUCCGACACCACCACCGUACACCAAAAAGCGAACGCGAGUGCCAUCCUAUCGUCUCAAUGGCGUUAUUCCAAAGAAUGAAGCACGAAAGAAUUCUGCUUUUAGCUCUACAAAUAGCAUAAAGAAAACUGGAUCGGUGGCGGUGACGAAACAAAGUGAUAACCCUUUCAAUAAUCGUCCGGGUUUUCUUAUGACCGUUGGAGCAAAUAUACCUCGAAUGCGACCAAUCAAAAUACGUCGACGUUUAUAUGAAUUUUAUACGGCACCUAUCACUACAUUUUGGGCAUGGACUAUCUCUUUUUGCUUAUUUCUCACUGCUUUUACAUAUGUCCUUCUUGUUCGAACACCAAAAAAUCCUACCUGGCUAGAAUGGGUUUUAUUCGCUUAUGUGAUUGCCUUUGGAAUGGAACAUUUUCGGAAGUUUCUUAUGUCCGAAAUGCAACCCAUUGGUCAAAAGCUCAAAUAUUUCUUUUACAACUAUUGGAACACUGUCACUGCCAUUGCUGUUGUAUCUUUCUUGUUUGGGUUUGGGAUGCGGGCUUUUGGGGUAAUAACGACCGGGCGGGUAAUUUUGGCAUGCAAUUCGGUUCUAUGGACAAUGAAGAUGUUAGAUUACAUGAGUGUCCAUCCACGUUUGGGACCCUAUAUCACUAUGGCCGGAAAGAUGAUCCUAAAUAUGACCUACAUCGUGGUUAUGCUGGUAGUAUCCCUGUUAGCAUUUGGUCUUGCUCGACAGUCCAUUACAUAUCCCAAUGAAGACUUUCACUGGCUCUUGGUGCGCAACAUCUUUUACAAGCCAUACUUCAUGCUCUAUGGAGAAGUAUAUGCUGAUGAAAUUGAUACUUGCGGAGAUGAAGCUUGGGAUACCCACCUGGAGCAAGGUGUGCCCAUAACGAACAGUACAUAUGGUGCCACCUGUGUGCCUGGAUAUUGGAUUCCACCAGUGUUGAUGACAUUCUUCUUGUUGGUUGCAAAUAUCUUGCUAAUGAGCAUGCUCAUCGCUAUAUUCAAUCACAUAUUUGAUCAAACCGAUGAGAUAGCUCAACAGAUUUGGCUUUUCCAGCGGUAUCGUCAGGUUAUGGAAUAUGAGAGUACUCCAUUUAUACCACCUCCGUUUACCCCAAUUUCGCAUGCUAUCUUGGUUUUGCGGUAUGUGAAGUGGAAACUCUGUACUGCUCGACAUGAAUUGGAUCCGGAUGGGAAUCGUCAAAAGAAAAUGUUUGACUUCAGUCUGAAGCUCUUUCUGAACGACGAUCAGGUAGAAAAAUUGCAUGAUUUCGAGGAAGAUUGCAUGGAUGACUUAGCGAGGGAAAAAGAGCUUCGAAAAUGCACCAGCAAUGAAGAGAGAAUACUGCGAACUGCUGAGAGGACCGAUAUGAUUCUUAACCGGCUAAACGAUAUCGCUCUAAAAGAGACAAAUACUCGCGAGACGGUUACCGAAUUAGAUACCAGAAUGAUGGCUAUUGAGAAAACUCAGACUGAAAUUUUGGAAUGCCUUCGAGCUCUCAUGUCAACUAAUAUGCCAGCGUCACCUACGCCCGAUGACCGACCAUAUGAGCACUCCCAAUCUGUGCUUGUGGUAUCUGACGCUGGCUCUGCAGCUGAAGGUCUCGCUCCGCUGCCGAUAUCCCGACGAAAGCGUAUGAAUACCGUAUCUGGUACCGGCCCGCAUGGUUCCACCGACGAUCCCAAUCUGCUAUCCCCUCGCCCGUACGAGCGAAAAUGUGGCAGUAUGUUAUCACUUGAUCCUCCGUUACCUUCUCCCAUGAAGAUAGGAAGUGUGAGACGGCGGCACGAAGAAUAUACAACCAUUACUGACUCCAUUUCCAUUCAUAAGGAGGGUAGAAAUUUGCGACAGGGACGAUCGCUUUCUACGGAACAUCCUGAGAGUGACCAUAGUGAUGGUGAAGGAGGAUCACACGAUGAACGGGAAAGCUCAACCCGUCCGAAGAGAUCUACAGCAGAUAAAAGAGCUGAUGAGACCGACCACUCACGACUGCUAGAAGAGGAGGAACUAGCAGAUUGCGAAUUGACUGAUAUUCCUUCUGAUGUCGAUGAUGUUGCGGUGAAUCUCACCGAGGAAGAGCCAGACCUUCACACCAGCCUUGAUGACUCUAAGGGUAUUGUAUUCUCAGUGGUGAACGAGCAAGAGUCUCCUCAUCCAUCCUCCCCUCAACGAGUGCAGAGCCCUAUGUCAUCAAGCGCAUAAUUAACUUCACCUCUUUGUUGACCCCUUUCUUGUAUCUUUCAUAGCCCUUAUCUAUCUCUGAGACUGAUGCUUUUGUCCUCUGUUUUACGUGGUUUUAUCGUUUCCGAGUCCCAGCGUUCCCACUAGUUUCUAGUCGUCAAGCAGGGCCACUGGUUGGCUCGUGUUCUAUGGUAUUUCUCUACGGGAUCACACACUAUAAUAGGAUUUCUAUAUCUUGUUUGUAUAUGUAUUGAGUUGUUUUUAAUAUUCGCUCUAAUGUUGUUUUCUAUUCUACUGUCACAAGUGCAAUGCCUUCAGGACGUGCUUUAUGAAAGCAUAUCAAUUCGAUAUAGCGUGAGCCUUAAAUAGGCGUGUCUUCUGACGUUGUUUAUGUUGUUUCUUUAUAUCUUUCAAAAUAAAUCUGAGCUUUCUCC